CUUGUGAGGUGCAGUAGCUGAAAAGAGUAAGCUGCUAGAGAUGUUUUUCUAAAGUGCUGAAAGGGGCCCAGAGCAACCAGAUUUUUCUCUUUCCUGGAAUCUGUCUUUCUUCAUGUAAACGGGUGGUCGUGAAACCUUCAUGUCAAAAUGGGCAAUGAAAACAGCAGCCCAGAAAAUCAGGAUGUUCCUCCAGUUCCAGAACCAGUCCAGCUGCCCAGUAUUGAGAAAGAAGUAAAAAAGAAAAAGCAGAGGAAAAAGAAUAGGAAUAGAUCUGUGGAACAAGAUGAGUUGGACACUUCACCUUUAGAUUCUGCUGUUCCGUUACCACUGCCAGAUAAUGGCUCCUCCUUAACUGCAGGAGAUACAAGAGGGAAUUGGCCUUUAGUAUCUGACUGGAAGGAAAGAGAGCUCUACCAAUCACUUACCCCAAAGAACCUUCUUUUUACUGGGCUUGAUGUAAAUGAAGAUUCAAGGUCCCAGACCCCAGAUAUAAGCAGCCUAAAAAAUGACGGCCUCUGUAGCAAUGCUGCUGAAGAAUCAUCCAGCGCAAGCCCAGUGGUGGCGUCUCCAGAUGUGAUGGCACUGGGGAAUCUCCUGCAUGAACCAGAAGACCGAGCCACAUCUGAGUUCUUAGAAGGGGCUGAAGAAACACCCGUGCCAAUGCCUAUGGUGGAGUGUGCCAAGGAAUAUGUUGCAGUAGGUUUGCCUGCCCUGUUGCCACACCCAACGCCUGUGAAUGACAAAGACACAAGAACUAUUCCCGCUGUAUCUCUGGGGAGCGGUUCAGAUGUUGAGCAGCAGCCUGCUGCCACUCUUGCAACAAAGGAUGAGCAAGAUCUAGAUAAUUCUGGCUCACAACCAAGUCCUUCAUCAGCUGCUACUUGGAUGCUGGGAGCUGGAUUUGAACAAACCAAUUCAACUAUAUUACAGCCAUUACAGCAGAGUCAACAGCUGAAUGACGAGAGGGAGGCACAUGCCAUCCCAUUACCCAAGAGUGAACAAGGGGGAGAUAAUUGUAUCACUCAAGAGACCAGCCAGGAGACAGAAUUUUUGGAAGUGGGUUAUGAGGAGCAGGCUGUAAUAAAACCAGGUGGACAGAACACAGAUGGCAUAGACAGCCUGUGGAUGAAAGAGGAAGCCUUAAUCCCAAAUUAUCCCACAACAGGAGGUUCAGACUUUGAAAUAUAUGGAGCAGUUGUUGAUGGUCAGAGUUUUGUCAAGUCCAGUGACUCCGUCACUGAAUGUAGCAACGAUGUAACAACAAGCAAAGGGGAUGAAUGCCACCACGUUUUCCCUGAGUACAGGGAGCAGUCUGGGCCUGUUCCUGCCCUGCCCAAUAUGACCUUGAAGCUUUCAAAUCUGGCCUUGAUAACCAUGUCCGAAACAAAAAACAGGGGUUCUCCAUCUGAAAAAGAAUGCCCAAAUCAAGUCACAAAUACACAAGCAGAAAGCCUCUUUGUUACUGAAAGAGAAAAUCACAAUGUGGAUUUACUGGUUAGCUCUGAGCAUUCCAGAGUGUCCUUUUUACCAAAUGAGAAUGAAAAGCAAAACCCCAAGACUGCAUCUGAGAGCAGAGCAGAGCAAAUCACACAAGAUGAGCAUGCGAGUGGAGGAAAAAUCACUGUAGCUGACCCAGAAAAUCUUGUCUGUUUUGUAAAGGAAGAUUCUGUUGUAGAUAAAGGAUUGUCACUGGGGGAAAAUGCAAGAGACUUCACAAGUGAGAGUGAGCUUACUGAGCUCAUUAAAAAAGAAAACAUACCUGAGGAAAACAAAGACAUUUCUUUGGGAGAGGGUGGAAGUCAGGAGAGGCCAGUUUUAACAAGUCCGAUUAUACGCAAUGAGGUAAACUGUUCCCAAGGGACACUCCUAACCUUUGAUAUUAACAAAAGGCAGGAGAGCCCUGACACUAACUGGGAUGAUUACUGUAGCUCUCUAGUAAACACUUCUGAAAGUGUUGCCAGUGGCAAAGCUUUGGAAAAGGAAGCAAGUUCCGAAUGUAGUUUGAAUGUAUCCAAAGACCAUUCACCUGAAUUAAGUCUGGGAUCAGACAAAGAGAAAGCAGCCACAGAUGAAAAAAAGGAUAUAAACUCUCUAUCUGUUGAAGCACUACAUUUACAAGGGGGGAAAUGCUCACAGAGCUGUGAUCUUUUAAAUCCCACUGCAGAAGAUGCACCACUCAAUUUCCCAGCCUGUAAAAUGGCAGAGAAAGUUUGCUCAGCAGAUGCACAUGGUUCGCUGCUGCAGCACUCAGAGGACAAUACUGUUAUGCAAAGUGAGCGAGAUGGAUCUGGGGAGCACAGAUUUGCUCAAAAAACUGAAUGGGAGUUGGAAGGCCAAGCCAGGCAUGAAAUAACAUCCAAAGGCAACAAAGCAUUUGCAGAAAUAAUACUGGUUCCUAAAACAGAACUUGAGCAUCAGGACUUUAAAGAAUUGGCAAGUAUUGCUGAAUGUGUUUUAGUAGAAAAAGCAAAACUCCAAGAGGACAUGUCCCCUUCUGAAAGCAAAAAACAUAGCCAAAUAGAUCGCAGUGAUGCCGACUCUGUACUUGUGACUGUUACUGAACAAAGCAAUGCUGUGGGUAAGAAAGAAAGUAAUGAAACCAGAUGGGAGGAGUACAAAACAGAAAUGAAAAGUCAGGCAACUGACACAACUUUGGCUCAGAAACCCGAAAGCAAAUUGGACUCGCCACAGCAUGUACAGCAAGGACAAGUGACUGAAGAAAAUGACCUAAGUAUGAAAGAGGCUUAUUCUAGCAGCAUAAGGGAGCAGCAUAAUUAUAUGCUACAAAGCAAUGAUGGCGAAGCACCUUUGGAAACUCUUCACAGAAAGACCGUGGAUGUGCAACCGAUGGUGGAUGUUUUGAUACCACCUCCACAAGUGGAACCAAAAGACAGUCCAAAGCCCCUUAGCUCUGACGACAGUAAUCAACAGCACAUUUCAAGCACAGAAGUCAAAGACCUGGAUGACGACAAUCUUAGAAUGGUUACAAAUCUCGAAGAACAAGAGCCUAAUGAAAGAUCUCCGGAAAGGAAGCAUUCACUGGAGUUAAACCAAGCCAGUGGCCAUCAGGGGCUGUGUGAAAGUGAAAUGAAAGUUACUGUAGAUGUUCUACACAAACCCCGAGAAGUGCUUUGUGGGCUAGAGAUGAAACCAAACAAUCCCAUAGCUGUCGCAGACGAAAAUGCACCUUUGCUGAGUAUUUCUGACUCCGUGGGAGAUACCGCACAAGACGGCAACCUGCAGACUUUAAUAUACCCAGAGGCGGAAGAAAGCUGUCUUAACAAAGAAACAUUGAGCAAGCCCAAGCAGGAGGUUUCAAAUUUUCUGAUUUCAGACAGUGUUCAUGAAGUAGCAAGUCUCAGUGAUGUAUUGGCUAAAGAAUCUGCCAUAAACAAGCAAUUGGGUGGUUCACAUGGACUGACAGACAGCACAGAACAAAGCAACACUGGUGUGAUCGAAUGCAUUCCACUGAUGCAGGAAACAAUCACUGCCCAUGCUGAACAACCACAGACUUUGCUAGGGGAUUUUGAAGUAACUUGUGCAGAUGAUGAUUCUAAGAGCAACAGGACUGACCCAAACUUCUUAAGCAAAGUAACAGAAUUGGGAGAAGAAAGCUCAGAUAUAGAAAUAAAAGAAAAGCCAUGUUUAGUGGAUAAAAUUGUCCUGAAAGAUGAACUUGGAAAAAUAAGUGAUGAAAGUGCAUUUAUCUUCAUGGCUGCUGAAAAUGUGGAAACACAGGAAUAUCCUCCUGUAUCAUCUGAAUGCAGAGAAAUGUCUGUCAGUGGCCCAUUGGAUAAAACUGGCAGUAAUCGACAGACUGAAUUUCUAGCUGCUGACUCUCAAACAGAACUAACAGCGCUUUCUACAUCGACACUUUCAGGUGAUCAGCUAUCCAAAGUGGACCAGCAACCUAAAAACUCCAGGAAUGAUGGCAGUGUGGAUGAAUUACAAAAAGAAGAGCUAGGAGUUAUGGCAUGUCAAAAUGUCUUGAGUAGCACUUCCAAUUUGCAGAUCGCUGCUGCAGCUGCUACACCUAUACACGAAGAUGAUACUUUAGCAGAGAAAAGUGCAACAGGUCAAAGGAAACCCAACGUCCUACAUUUAGACAAUAUUCCUUCAGAGACAGACCCAGGGAAUGAUUCUGUAAUUCCCAUCCAAGGCUUCCUUUCAGAAGAGAGUAUAACUGUUCAAGAUUCUCCUGAGACUGGGCAGUUUGAAGGAAAUUUGUCACCAUUUAAUUUCAUGAAGCUGCAGACCGAGAUCUCAGCAAUUAAAACGAAAGGCGCAAAAAGUGAUGUAAACUUCAAAGCCCAGCAGUUUGACAGCUCUGUAGAAUCUCUCUUCAGCCUUUCAAGCUUAGAAGAGAAGCUUCUGAGCCUUUCAUCUUUCAGCAAGCAAGCAGGCUGUAAUGAGGGCAUUGCAACAAAUAUCACCUGUGUAGAUGACAGGCACAGCAAGAGCGCAGAAAACACAGGGAGUGUGGAAAAGAGCAAAUCUGUUUUUGUAGAGAAUUUCAGCAUCCCCACGAUGGAAACAGAUACUCCCAAACAGUAUGCAGGGAUCACUGAAAAAGAACCUGAUCUUCCAUCCUCCAGGGGCUUCGGCAUUGGCUUUUUUGAUUUCAGGAAGCAUAUUAGCAAAAUAUUUGAGAAGACGAAUCCAACUACUCUGACUGCAGAAUACCCCCACUUUUCAGCUGAAAACAGUGCAGGUGAGGCGGACAGCCCUGUGGCUAAGGAAAUACCAGAGUGUAAGCGAGAAUUAGAACAAAAUGAUGAAAGCAAUACAAAUGGAAAACCCAAGAAUGACCAGAAAACAGAAGGAUGCAUAUCGCCUUUAGAGGCUAGGAGUUUUGAUGGAGCUACUGAUGAAAGAAUAGCGCAGGAAGAAAAACUAUUGAUGAACACUCAGGAUGAUUGUUUGCCAGGUGCCUUUUCAGAAAACAUCGUCAAUGCAUAUUGUUUGAGUGAAGACCUUCUGUCAAGUUUGCCAGAGUUAGACAACAAAGUGGAUAGCUUAUGCAGCAGUAACGUGAAGGCAGAGGAAAGUGAAUGUGUUAGUGCUAUAAGCAGUGACCAUGAUGAGAAUCAUGUGUGCCUAGAAACAGGAAAGCUACAACCUGCAAAUUCUUCUACCCCAGAAAUCGGGAAUCUACCGCCCCCUUCAGACAAUGAACUGUCUUUAAAGAUUGCUGCCUCUCAAGAAGUUGUUUUGAAGAGUGAUUUUGACAGAACUACUGCUGCAGAAGCAGAGGAGGGUAAUUUAAUUAGUCUGUGUAAUGCAGAACCAGGCUUAUCUGAAGAAGAGCGGAUGCAUUAUGGCAACCUAUGCCGUGACCCAAUGCCUAGUGAAGACAAGGGGAAUGGCAGGAGUGUUGUUGACCUAGGCAACAUGUCAGCAUUGCCAUCUCUUGAAGAUGGUCUUUGUGUACACAGGACGUUGCCUGGUGAAAAUCAGAACAAAUCCAUCUGCUGUGAUCGUUUGGAUGAAAAUGCACUUCAGGACAAAGUGUUCAUGACACAGGAUGCCUUGAGAAGUACAAAAUGCUUGCAGACAUUAGUAGAUGCUCAAGAGCAAGAAAAAGAACUACAUGGGCUAAUAGAUUAUUUUAAAAAUGAGGCAAAUCCUGAUGAUUUCUCCCCAGGUUACUGCAAACCAGAACCUAGCACUGGGAGUGAGGGCUGUGUGGAAGAAGCAAAUGACACCAUGUUGAACACAGCAGAAAUAGAAGCACGUAUUUCUGUUGACACCCCUAAAACAGGUACAACAAGCACAUUAUUCACUGAUGACUGUGACUCAGCUCUGCAACCCAGCAUAUGCAGUCAAGGGACUGAUGAAAAGAAGCCUUCAGAACCCAUUCAAGGGAUGGAGCAAAGUGUGCAUACAGGUGCUGAACUUGCUUUGGCAAAUCAAUGUAGAGAAGAGAAUUUGGCACCUGAGAAGUCCCUUCAGGAUGCCCAGGAGAAAGGAUCGACCAUAUCGCUCCCAGAAUCUGAGCAACACCUUGCUAGUGAACUUCAAAACAUGGCCACAGAAGAAUUGCCUGAUGAAAGCAAAUUUCCUGAGCUCUGUCACUCUCUCCUUGCUGUACCUGAGAAGGACGCUAUAGCAGCCAAAGACACCUCUGAUGAGGCGAGAGAUGACGUCAGAGCAGAAAGUUCUUCAGCUCCUGGCGAUGUCAUAAAAUUGGUGCCUGAUGUGGAUCUUUCCAAAGAGCCAAAAACCAUAGUUCUCUCUGAUGGACAUGAUACUGCUCUGGUUUCUGCUGAGCUGAUUGCAACAAGCAUAUCUCAGCCUGGGGAUUGCCAAAGGACUGAAAGUACCAUCACAUCUGUUCCUGACCCAAGAUCCUUGACUCUAGAACCAGCUACCGAGAUAGAGCAAUCUGCCCAAGAGUGCAGUAGACUGCAUGGGGAAAGCAAGAGGAGUUCAGAUUCUGAAGAAGCAUUUGAGACACCUGAAUCUACCACUCCUGUGAAGGCUGCACCUCCGCUACCACCGCCACUGCCUGAAGUUGCAACAUUUGACAUAGAGGAACAGGAAGUAAGACCUCAGCUUCCAUCAGAGGACACAGGGUUUUGUUCUGAGACCGUAUCAAUAACUGAUGUCUCACAUAGUGAAUCAGUUGAAGAAAGCCCAUUCCACCCUCCUUCCCACUCCUUUUCUACAGUUUUUGAUGAAGACAAGCCCAUCGCUAGCAGUGGGACUUACAACUUAGACUUUGAUAACAUUGAGAUUGUAGAUUCUGUAGAAGCUACAGAUCCUGGCUCUCUAGACGCAAUAGGUCGUGACUCCAAGUCGCAUGUUCGAAGAAAAUCCACAGAUUCUGUUCCAAUUUCCAGAUCUACUUUGUCUCGGUCUCUUAGUUUGCAAGCUGGUGAUUUUGAUGGAGCAUCUUUUCUUGGUAAUAGCGAGACAGCAGGUUCUUCAACAGAUACAUUUGGUACUGGUUCAAGUAGUGCUUCUAGUACUCUUAAACGCACAAAGAAACCUCGGCCAGCUUCCUUAAAGAAAAAACAGUUGACAAAAAAGUCUCUGGAAGUUCCGCCAGUGAAAGAGCCAGAGCCGUCUGACAUCAAGCAAGAUUCUGCCACCUCAGGUGAAGAAAAAGUCUCUGAAGAAAGGUUGGAACCCAUUGAACCCGAGUGCACUGAGCCUUCCCAAAGUGCUACUGAAAAACAGGAGCCCCCUGUUAGUCCAGCAGUGGCAGCCACCUAUCCAUUUGACCCAAGUAACUCUGAAGAGAUUAGUGCGUCUGGCACUGGGGACAGCAGGGUACAGAACUCUCCCCCUGUCGGCAAAAAAGUCCUCCCUCUUACAACGGCACCAGAAGCCGUGGAGGUGACACCAUCAGACACUGGGGGUCAAGAAGAUCCUCCAGUGAAAGGCUUAGCGGUGAGGCUGGAAUUUGAUUAUUCCGAGGAAAAAGGCAGUGGCGAGGAACAACAAGAAAGCCCCCCUCUGCCCAAAAAAGUGGGCAAAAAGCCUGGUGCCAAAAUGCCCCUCAGGAGGCCAAAGACUAAAAAGACUGGGGAGAAGCUUGACAACGCUCCCGCCACCCCGACCAAGGCCUCUGUCGAUCCAAAUGAGAUCCCUGUUCCCAAAGGCUCUUAUACUUUUGAAAUUGACAAAUGGGAUGACCCCAACUUCAACCCAUUUUCUUCCACUUGCAAAAUGCAAGAUUCUCCUAAACUGCCUCCACAAACAGCAACAUACAGUUUUGAUCCAGAUGUACGUGAGGAUACAAUAGACCCUUUCAAGCCUUCCUCUAAGGUAGCCAGCUCUCCCACAAAAUCCCCAGCCUCCUUUGAGAUCCCGGCAAAUGCCAGUGAAAUCAAUGGAACAGAAGGGGACAGCCUAAAUAAACCUGCAAAGAAGAAGAAGACCCCACUCAAGACUGAUACUUUUAGGGUGAAAAAGUCACCGAAAAGAUCUCCACUGUCUGAUCCACCUUCACAGGAGACCACGCCACUGCCUACUGCUGAAACACCCUCUGUUGUAUCCACUGUGGUUCAUGCAACAGAUGAGGAGAAGCUGGCAUCCUCAGUGGGCAACCAAAAAUGGACUUGUAUGACAGUGGCUCUAGAUUCAGAUAAGCAGGAUUACCCUCAGCCAUCAGAUCUGUCAACUUUUGUAAAUGAAACCAAGUUCAUCUCUCCUACAGAAGAGUUGGAAUAUGGCAACUCGUAUGAAAUAGAAUAUAUGGAGAAGAUCGGCUCUUCUAUACCUCAGGAUGAUGGUGCUCAGACAAAGCAAUCUUUGUACCUUAUGUUCGAUGCACAGCAGGAGAGUCCAGUCAAGUCUCCUCCAGUCCGAUUAUCAGAUUCUACAACUCCUUGUUCUGGGUCAAGCUUGGAAGAAACGGAAACCCAGUUGCCCUCUGGAAUGAAACUGCAGCAUCCAGCUUCACGAUCCCUGGCUGCUAGCCAAGAGUCAUCACUGCCGUCACCGGACAAAUCAAAAGCAAAAGAACUGGAGCCCAUGACCUUAGGGACCACUUCAAACAACAUUGACAUAACCACACCUGAGGACCCCUUUGUCUCUGCUGAUGCUCUUCUCAAUAGGAUAUCUCAUCCACCUUCAGUGUGUGAUCAGCUUCAGUAUCUAGAGCCUGACUUAGCUGAAAAGAAUCCCCCAAUAUUUGCUCAGAAACUUCAGGAGGAGUUAGAGUUUGCUGCCAUGAGGAUAGAAGCCCUGAAGCUAGCCAGACAAAUUACCCUGUCUUCUUUCAGCUCCUUAGAUACUGAGAGAGACCCUGCAGUCUCAGCUGAUGUUUCCAUCUCUAAAAGUGCUCUGUACUCCCGGAUAGGCAGCUCAGAGGGAGAAAAUACCUCAGGAUUGCUUUACCAGCAGCAAGACUUGGAUUCUGCCUUGCGAGUAGCCAGAGAGGAGAUUAUAGCUAAGGAAAGAGAGAUAUCAGAAUGGAAAGAGAAAUAUGAAGAGAGCAGAAGGGAAGUCCUAGAAAUGAGGAAAAUUGUUUCAGAGUAUGAGAAGACAAUUGCUCAGAUGAUAGAGGAUGAGCAGAGAGAAAAAUCCAUGUCCCAUCACACAGUCCAGCAGCUGAUUAUAGAAAAAGAGCAAGCGUUAGCAGACCUGAACUCUGUGGAAAAAUCACUAGCGGAUCUCUUUAGAAGAUAUGAAAAAAUGAAAGAAGUUCUUGAAGGAUUUAGAAAGAAUGAAGAAGUAUUAAAGAAAUGUGCACAAGAAUAUUUAUCACGAGUAAAGAAAGAAGAGCAAAGAUACCAAGCACUCAAAAUUCAUGCGGAGGAAAAACUGGACAGAGCCAAUGCUGAAAUUGCACAAGUCCGUGGCAAGUCUCAGCAAGAACAAGCAGCUUACCAAGCCAGUCUCCGUAAAGAGCAGUUGAAAGUGGAUGCAUUGGAAAGAACACUGGAACAAAAGAAUAAAGAAAUAGAAGAAUUGACAAAGAUUUGUGAUGAACUAAUUGCCAAAAUGGGGAAAAGCUAACUUUUAACCAAAAUCCUGGAUUUUAACCUUGAGUGCAAUAUGACCAUUGGCACACUGACGUCCACACUUCGAUGUGAACAGGAUCUAUUUUCACUUUUUUGUAUGCACUACUGUAUUUUUCUUUCUUGAUAAUGUUGAUUUGAUUGUAUGCAGUACUAAGAAGACUAUCAGAAUUCCUUGCUAUUGUUUGCAAUUUUUUUCCUAGUAUAAUUCAUAGCAAGUUGAUCUCAAAAGUUCCUGUAUCAGGGAGAUUUGUCAAGUUCUUUAAUAAAUUACAGUUGCUCAUCCUAGCCUUCCCUUUGUACAUGAGUUCCCAUGUUGGAUGUCUUUUUUUGGAUUUAAUAUAAAUGUGUAUUACUUGCAUGGGGACUCUUGCCUUAAGGAGUGUAAAUUUGAUCUGCAUUUGCUGAUUUGUAAAAUAAAAUGAAAACUUUAAAAAUUAA